AUGACUGCCUUUCCGCCCUCCGCAAAGUUGCCAGCAAGCAGCAGGCUGGAUUUAGAGAAAUGGAAAAAUGAAGAAUCAGCGAUGUCGACAAACGCAAGCAACGGCAAAAGAUUUUAUGGCGGUAGGUUGCUCGUACGAGUGAGUUCAGUACCACAUCCGGACAAUUUUAAUAGACAAUUGCCAGAAACGGGCUCAAUUAGCAAUCCGGCUAGCUACUACUUACGAGGAGCUCACUUAGAAAAGAUUAGAGCACCGGCGUGUCACCUGACAUCAUGCCACGGGCCGUAUCCUAACGACGGAAGUUUGCUAAUCAACAAAGACAAUGGUGCUCCAGACGAAGAAUGCCAGCAGGUAUUCAUAACAAUGAACGGCUGUGUGGCUGACAAAGGCUAUCCGAUUGGCAUGGUGUGCACUGUUUGUUGUAAGUGUACCAAGGAAUUCGUUUAUGAGAUGAGUCGUUCCCGGGGUUUCCUGGAAGGUAUCAACUGA